AUGAUCGCGAUAACGGCGGGCCGCAACCAGGCCGGGCGGUUCUCCACGGACCUGCCCCCCGCCGGGCAAGGCCGGUGGAGGCAGCCCCGGUCCACGGCGGGGAACGCCGCGACCGCGUCCGGGCACGAGGAGCCCCGCGGGACCUUCCGCACGGACGAGAGCAGCCGCAACGGCGCGCGGGAGGCCGGGGACGGCCGCAGGGAGGACGUGCUGCUCUUCCUGCGGGCGGGAAACCAUGUGCGCAGGGCUGUGUGGGCGCGCCACAGCGGGUGGUUCGGGCUCCUGCGGCUGUUCGUCGCGGAGUUCAACCUCUCGGUGACGGACAACGUGGUGUCGACGGACUUCUACCUCCAGCACCCCGCGUUCGGCACCUUUUACGAGGGGUUCAGCCUCGACGACCUGGUGCCCGGGUCCUCGGUCGAACUGCGGACCGAGGAGACGGGGCGCCUGGGGCAGCGCGAUACUGAGCAGUACCGCACGUACGAGCGCACGAGGGCGCUCGAGUUGAUGCGGCAAGAGGAGCAGCAGCGGCAGCUCGAGCGGCACCUCAUGUCGAAACGGCAGCUCAUGCUGGCGCGACGGUCGGACUCGGGGGCGGAGGGCGACGGUGUAUCGGCGAGAGAUAGCUUGGACGGGGGCGACAGCAAGACGGACGACGACGAGAAGGGCAAGGACGGGGCGGAGGAGGACCCGGAGGACGCGUGGCGGGCGCGGUGGGGGGCGCAGUGGCGCAACCCGCUGUGGUUGAUGCUGGACGACCCCGCGAGCAGCUCGGCGGCGCGGUGGCUGACGAUCUUCAUCAUGCUGUUCAUCGUCAUCAGCACGAUCACGUUCUGCCUGGAGACGUUCCCGCAGUUCAAGGAGGAGUCGGAGCAGCGCACCUCCCCGCUCUACCUCCUCGAGGCCGUCUCGAUCGCCAUCUUCACCGUCGAGAUCUUCCUGCGCCUGCUCACGACGCCCUCGGUCCCGGACUACUUCCGCAAGCUCAUGAACUGGAUCGACAUCGUCUCCGUGCUCCCCUUCUACAUCGACCUGGCCCUCAACGGCACCGACAUCCCGGGCAUGCAGGGCCUGCGCGUCGUGCGGCUCGUGCGCGUGUUCCGGCUCUUCAAGAUGUCCCAGGGCACGCUCGCGCUCUUCGGGAAGACCAUGCAGAAGUCCAGCCGCCCGCUGUACAUGCUGAUCUUCUUCGUGUCGCUGGGCACCGUGCUCUUCUCCAGCCUGAUCUACUACGCCGAGCGCGGCAAGUACGACGCGGAGAUGCGCAUGUGGAAGCGCCGGUUCGCGUACCAGUGCGACAUCACCGUCCAGCUCGCCGGGAGCGAGCCGCUGGACGAGGCCUACAUCCGCGCCCGGCUGUCGCACUGCGUGCUGACCAACCGCAUCAGCGCGCAGGCCGCGGAGUUCGCCUGCGAGUACCAGUACCGCCGGAACGACUCGUGCUUCGAGCUGUUCGAGCCCAGCCCGUUCACGUCGAUCCCGGCGUCGUUCUGGUGGUGCAUCGUCACCAUGGUGACCGUCGGGUACGGCGACGUGGUGCCGCGGUACUGGUACGGGAAGGCCAUCGCGAGCCUGGUGAUGCUGUUCGGCGUGCUCGUCAUCGCGCUGCCCAUCACGGUCAUCGGGAGCAACUUCAGCAACCUGUACCGCAAGAUGGUGCUGGCGGGCAAGGGGCCGCGGGGCAACGUGAUGCUGCUGCAGAGCAUCGCGACGCUGCGGGCGCAGGAGGAGAAGGCGGACGAGGAGGAGGCGCAGGCGCUCGCGGAGAUGGCCACGCGCCUGGGGGCCAGCGGGCACACCGGGACGCGCAGUCACAUGUCGGGCGAGAGCGAACGGAGCCUGCAGUCGAAGCAGAAGAGCUCCGGGGCGAUGAAGCGCUCGAUCAAGGAGGACCUGGAGGGCGAGGAGGAGGCGGGGCGGACCGCGGCGGACUCGGUGGGGCGCAACGGCGGGGCGCCCUCGCUGCCACCCGUGGUGAGCGAGGGAGGGACGUGA